CUCUAUAUCCUUUACUGCCAGUCGAUGCACUAUUCGUAAUCAUGAUCUUGACGGACAAAUUCGCAAAGGCAGAGCUUGAGCUUGAUGCACCUCCUCCCGCUUAUGACACGUUGUCAAUCCACCGGGGCGUUCCAUCAAUACCGACGAUCACCAUCGAGGCCAUCGCUCACGAUGAUGAAGCAGGUCCAAGCACCAGUGUUAUAACGGACGUGCAUGAAAUUGAGCCACCUCCUCCUCGGAGACGACUAUGGGCACGAACGUUGCCCAGGAGCAAGAGCAAUAUCGACUUUACAACACAACAUCAUAACGAUGUCCCAACACUACCACUGGACGUAGACAAAGUGCUCCCAGAGCGCCCACAGCUUGAUUCCCGCCAAACCGUGCCCCCGCCUACAUCUUCCUCCAGCCAGAAGCGCAAGCACGCCAAGGCACGUAAACCAAAAUCCGGCCCAAGCUCAUGGCUCUCUCUCCUCCCUUUUACAUCCUCCAAAGCUACGAAACAUGUCCGUCAGUCUGUGCUUACCCUUAUUCAAGAUCUCGUCGUUCCUCCGCCAACCAGCUCCAUUAACCUGAGUCCUAAAUCUCCGCAACUGGCCCUCGCAGAUCCACAUGAAAUUCUAGCAUCCUGCGCCCAAUCCUGUUCUGCGAAGAACCUAUCACUGUCUACGCUUCUUCAAGAGUCGGCUGUGGCAGGCCAUACCCCCAUAUAUUGGGCUAUCGUCAACUAUCGCCCUCCUCUCCUCGAUGCUUUGCUCAGGCAUGCCUCUCCAUUAACGCCUGCAACACUAAGCGACAUGAGGAAGGCAUGUUUGGUAGCGAGUAAUCAGGUGUUAUUUCAGAGCCUCAGACUCAGUGUGGGCUUGUGCGCGAGUGGGUUAAGGAGUGCUACUGAUGGACUGCUUCUUGGUCAGCGCCCACCAGAUGAAGUGCGUAUUGAAGUGGGCCCUGAUGGUGCUUUUGCCGCAACAUUGGAUAUCACGAUGUGGCAGAAACGUAUACGGGCAGUUGGAAGUGUGAGCGUGGAGUUUAUUGCGUCUGGCCGCAUAUUCGCCCUAACCUUCUUCACCACCGAUCGUCCCCAACCCAACUCCAAGUCCCCCAAGUCCAAAAGAGCUGUAGGGCCAUUGCACAUCUCACUCUCCCUCCUCGAUCACAGCCUACCGACCUAUGUGGAUGCCGUAGUAAUCAUUGACCGACCUCCUCCCCUCCCUUCUCCAGGGCCUUCCCCACGUUCACCAAGAAAGAAGGGCCUGGACCCGCUAAAAGGGCACAUCCACAGCGCAAGUUUCUCAAGCGGAGAUAAAGGCUAUGGCUUUGAGAACGGAGUGGGGUUUCGGGAUUGUAAAGCGGAGAAGUGGGACUUCAACUAUGAUGGACAAGCACACGCGCGUUCGCCUUCUCCUCCUUCCUCACCUAUCUCUCCGGGCCAUGCGGCGUCCUCUGGUGCACAUACACAGAAACAUGCGCAGACGCUGCUUCCACCUCCUGCGCACCCCCACCGCGCGCUGAUACAAAGUUUUUCAUCUCCUUCGCUCAAGCAGUUGUCGUCGUCCUCUUCUUCCCAAACGUUAACAUCUGUAUUGGAUACGGUCGCAGUUCACGCGCCUAAGAAGCAGCUUGUGAAGUUGAAGAAUGCCUCGUUGGGUACGAAUGGGCGUGCACCGGUGGUGCUCCGCUUUUGUGCGGGCGAGGCUAUGCUUGCCUGUAAUGUGAGGAAUAAUGGAGAUCCACAUGCCCUACCAUGUCCUACCGCCAAACCUGUCACCUGGUCAGAACAUGGCACGUGGUAUGUCUCAUCGAUUGUAGUACCGCUUGGAGAACAAGAUGGGGGCGGGUUAAUGUUUGAUACAUCCCCGCAUGUCGCGCCUGAUGGCAGUUUACGAGCACGGCUAGAGGCGAAGUUGGUGAAGACUGAGGAGAGAGGGAAGGAGUGUAUUAUUUGUUAGUGUGGUGCAGGAUUCGGUGAUACUGGGGAAUGGACUUUGUUGGUGUGGUGGUUUGGCUGUUACACUGAUAGUAUUGUUGUACUCAGACUGACGGUAUGCCGAUAUUUUAAUAUCUUGACGGAUAGUG